CUUGAGCCGGAAGAGGAAGAGGAGGAGGAGGAGGAGGAGGAGGAAGAUGACGAUGAUGAGGAAAAUGACGACGACGACAAAAUCAAACUUGAUGCAGACAAGCACAAAAAGGAAUUGGAACAACUCAAAGAACGUGAUCCCGAAUUCUACGAUUACUUGCAGAAGGAGGGUGCUGAUCUUCUGGACUUUGACAUGACCGAAGAUGAAGACGAAGAAGACGAAGAAGACCAAAGCCAGGAAGGAUCGAAAAAAAAGAAGUCGAUUAAAGAGCAAAACGACAAUGCUGAGGUUGUUACAAAGGCAAUGUUGGCAGAGUGGAUCGACCAAUUGGAUAAAACACAGAACAUUAAGGCAUUCAAAAAGAUGCUUUCUGCAUUCAAAACUGCCGCAAGAAUGUCUGAUGAAGAGCAGCAGGAAAAUAUCACAUUUGUUUACAAGAUUGUCAGUCCUCACGUAUUUAACAAGGUUGUUACAACCACCAUGCGUUAUGCUCCUACUAUUUUCAAUCACUAUCUUAAGCCCAAGAAAGAGGGAGGUGCACCUUCUACAGCUACACGUUGGAGUUUCAUGAAGUCGCUUGUAAAAUCUUAUCUCAACAACUUGUUGCAUCUCUUGCAAAACUUGACCGAUGCAAAUAUGCACUAUGUUGCUAUUAGAGAGGCUGAGAAAUGCACGGCUUACUGGGCAUGCUUCGAAAAAACAUCAAAGGACUAUUUAAAGACACUUUUGAACUUAUGGUCCAAUCUCUCAUCUUCUGAUAAUGUACGCAUUCAAAGUUUCUUGGCCAUCCGAUCAUUGGCCACCACACCUGUAGAGUCUAAAAAAGGAUCAUCAGAAAAUAGCUUCCUGGAUCUGUGCUUGAAGAACAUAUAUUUGACAUUUGUCAGAAACUGCAAAACAACCAACCCUCACACACUCCCUGCUAUCAACUUGAUGCGUAACCUGGCAGUAGAACUUUAUGGAAUUAACCAGGUCUUGAGUUAUCAGCAAGCAUUUGCCUAUAUCCGUCAGCUUGCAGUUCACUUGAGAGGUGCUAUGCAAUUAAAGACAAAGGAGAGUUACAAGGCUGUUUACAACUGGCAAUACAUUCACUGCAUUGACUUUUGGGCAAAUGUCCUGUCCACCUAUUGCCAACCCAAAGAUAAUGGAGAGGAAGAGUCUCCAUUAAAGUCACUUAUUUUCCCUCUUGUACAAGUCGCUUUGGGUGCUAUUCGUCUGAUUCCCACUGCUCAGUACUUUCCCCUUCGUUUCCAUGUACUCCGCUGUAUGAUUUCCCUCAACCAAUCCACUCGUGUCUUUAUUCCACUUGCACCUUUUAUUUUCGAAGUAUUUGAGAGCGGAGAGGUCAAGAACAAGUCCAACCCAUCGACUUUGAAACCAUUAGAGUGGGAAGUUCAUCUGAAAGCACCAAAGCAAUACUUACGUACUCGUGUCUAUCAAGAUGGUAUCUUGGAACAGGCAAACGAGUGUUUAAACGAUUUCUACAAGUGCUUCUACACUCACAUUGCCUUCCCAGAGAUGGUUAUUCCUGGAAUUGUUGCUAUCAAACGAUUCGUAAAGAAAUCAAAGAAUCCCAAAGGCUCUAGACAGUUGCACAGCCUUGCACAAAAGCUGGAAACCAAAUCCAAGUUCAUUAUUAUGCAGCGCUCCAAGGCUGACUUUAGCCCGGCAGAUAUCAAGGAGUGUAAUGAAUUUAUGGCAGAAAUGCGACAGAAAUUACAAUAGAUGAAUAAUCAUAUAUUUCAUAUAACAUUCUUUUUAUUAUAUUUAAGAAAAAAUUCAAUAAACAUUUACUCUACUUACAUCUAC